CCUUCCGGGAAUGCUGGAAUGUCCAAAAUGUAUGGGUGGAGCUAGAGAGUCAGUUGUCAGAAGUAUUACAAUAUAAAUGUACUUUUAACCCGUCUGUCUGCUUAUUUCAAGAUGGUGUAUGGGGGUGUAGUGAGAGACCCAAUUGGUUGGAUGAUUCUCUUGUCAAUCGUCUGGAGAAAAAAAAAACUUAAAUACUAAAAACUUGGAAAUCAAUCAAUCCUCCAUCGUUAACACAAUGGAAACAUCUAACGAUGUAUUAUUUAAAUACAAAAUGUUGCAGUUUGUGGCGGAGAAUGAUGUGUACGCUGGAGAUGACAGUGUGUGCUAGUGGGUCUGGGCAGGGUUGAUGUAGUUGAUGUUUCUACGACUUUGUCGUUUGUAUGUGUAUGUUUUUGUAUUGUUCGUAAAAUAUAAAAUUAAAUCUUACAAAAAAAUUGAUAAUAAUACAGAAUUGAAGAGGAAAUGCUAACAGGAAAUGCUAACAGGAAAUGCUAACAGGAAAUGCUAACAGGAAAUGCUAACAGGAAAUGCUAACAGGAAAUGCUAACAGGAAAUGCUAACUCACUGCAUGUUUCAGUAAUAGAUGGUGCCAGCAGAAUUGAAAAGGGGUUGACGCCAACAGUAUUGAGAUUGAUUGAUCAGAUGUGUGUGUGUGUUCACAGUGCUGAUGGUGAGGAUCAUUGCGGCCCGUGAUCAGGGCUCCCAUGCUGAGGUGGAGGUUAAGGUAAAGAAGGUCCUGUACCACGGCAGCCAGGUGAACAUCAAGAAAGGUCACAUCACCCUCUACCCAGAAUCCUGGACCACCCGAGGGUGCACCUGCCCCCUCCUUAACCCAGGAUCAGAGUAUCUGGUGGGUGGCCACGAGGACCGGAGGACGGGUCGUCUGCUGGUGAACACCAAGAGUCUGGUCAAACCCUGGAGGCCCAGCCUGGGACGCAAGCUCCUGCACCUCCUCAACAAACACUGUAGCUCCUCCUCCUCCUCUUCCUCUUCAAGGAAGACUGCAGCAGAGACUGCAGAAUGCAAACGUCUUUAG